AACGAUAUUUGAACAAGGAUAAAUUGACACUUUGGCUGUUGGUGUAAGCUGUAGGCCUCAUAGAAAAAAAAAGUAUAGGCAAAACUGGGGGAGGUCUACCAUUCACUCAUCAUUCUGGACAUACCCGAAUACUCACGUUGGCUUCUUUCAACAGACGAGAGAGCCAAACGCCCGAUCGUGCAUCUUCGGUUUUUUUUGUUCAUUGUAAAUAAAUAUACAACUCAUGAUAACUAUUUGGUUAGGAUAGCUACAUUAAAGAUACUGUGAAAUCAUGUAAACUGUUUACCCCAAAUAAAUACACCUGUUGUGGUACGAAAAAAUAAAGCGAGCAUGAACUUCGGGAACCUUCGGGUUUGCUCUUUCAUCUGUGAAAAGAAGGCUUGCCAACGUGAGUAUUCGGGUAUGUCCAGAAGGACGAGUGAAUAGUAGGCUUCCCGCAAACUGGCGGUGUUUAGAAUAUUUGGUUAAUGAGGCAAUAACGGAGCAGAAUGUUUAAAAGAAAUAGUUGGUUAGCUGUGAAAAGAUUUUCAACUACAGCUCAAAAAAAUGAAAAAAUUAGUUGCAAAUUGCUGGUGGUUGGAGGCGGGUCUGGUGGUUGUUCGAUGGCUGCAAAGUUCAGCAAGAAAUUAGGGAAAAAUAAAGUCGUCAUUGUCGAACCGGCUGCAAUGCACUACUACCAGCCCUUGUUCACGCUGGUGGGGGGUGGGCUGAAGUCGCUGGCCCAGGCGGGGCGCCCCAUGGCCUCCGUGCUGCCCCGGGAGGCCCGCUGGCUGCAGGACGAGGUCGCGGAGUUCAGCCCCGCCCACAACCAGGUGCGCACGCGCGAGGGCCACGUCGUCGACUACGAGUACAUGAUCGUGGCGACGGGCGUCAAGCUCAACUACGACCAGAUCCCGGGACUGCUGGAGGGUCUGUCGCGGCCGGACAGCGGGGUGUGCUCCAACUACUCCCCGAAGUACGUGGACCUGACCCGCAAGUCGCUGGAGGCCUUCAUCGAGGGCAACGUCAUCUGCACGUUCCCGAAGCCACCCGUCAAGUGCCCGGGGGCGCCUCAGAAGAUAGCGUACCUGGCAGACGACUUUCUCAGGAAGCGCGGGAAGCGGCAGUCGGCGGAGGUGAUGUACAACACGGCGCUGCCCAUGCUGUUCGGCGUGAAGAAGUACGCUGACGCGCUGUGGCAGGUGGCACGACGGAAGGGCGUGCGUGUGAACGUCGGCAGGAACCUGCUGGAAGUGAAGCCCGACCGGAGGACUGCAGUGUUCGAGGACCUGACCAGGCCCGGCACCACGGAGGAGGUAGAGUACGCGGUGCUCCACGUGACGCCCCCCCAGGGCCCGGUGGGCGCCCUGCGCGGCUGCGCGGAGCUCACGGACACGGCAGGCUUCCUGGACGUGCACAGGGAGACGCUGCAGCACGCUCGCUUCCCCAGCGUGUUCGGCAUCGGAGACUGCACCAAUCUCGCCUGCUCCAAGACCGCAGCGGCUGUGGCGGCCCAGAGCGGGGUGCUGCGUCGCAACCUGGAGGCCGCGAUGGGGGGCUCCUCCGUGCUGCCCGCCCGCUACGACGGCUACGCGUCCUGCCCGCUCGUCACGGGCGCCAACAAGUGCAUCCUGGCGGAGUUCGACUACGACAUGCGGCCGCUGGAGACGUUCCCCGUGAACCAGGCGGUGGAGCGCACCUCCAUGUACCUGCUGAAGGCCCACGUGCUGCCCCACCAGUACUGGCUCGCCAUGCUCAGUGGGUAUUGGGAAGGACCAAAAACAAUCAGGAAGCUGUUGCACCUUGGGUUGAGCAGGUGACCAUUACAACUGGCCACGGCAUUGGACAGCGUGAAGUCACACCGGUUUUCUUUCUCUCUCUCCAUAUGUAAUUGUCAAGUAAGUUUGGGCUGGUAAUGGUAUAAACGUGAAAUGUUAAUACAGCUCCAUCUACUAGGCCUGUGCAAUGUUUUUUUUUUUAGUUCAAAUCAAAUAUAAACAUAUUUUUUUGUGAAUAUCAAAUACAAAUAUUUUUUUAAAAUGAAUUUAUAAUUUGAAUAGGUAUAUAUUGAAAAUAUUUCUUUCAUUAGUUGAAAACUGCUUUUAGUUUGUUUGCUUGGAAAAAAAAUAAUUAUGUAUUUGUAGACCAAGUAUUGAAUUUGUCUAAUGUUGAAACUUUGCAGAUGUAUACAUACUUUUAUAUAUGCUUUGUUAAUUCCUUUGAGUUCCUGCAAAGGUGGUUUAUUCUGCUGUGAUAAUAGUGGCUCUGCCCAUAUGUUUACUUAGAGUAUUUUUGUACAUGUUGUGUAUAAAUAAAAAUAAAAGGUAUUUUCAGUUAGUACCAUUA